AUGCCGGGCUUUAAUCAGCUAGCUCGUAUCGAUCUUCAAUUUCACAACGAGAUCUUGUUCUAUCAGAUGUAUAACACCCGACCGGACGAGAUCUACGCGAAAUGCUUCUACACCGAAAAACGUCCGCCCGUCGACUCUGUAAUCGCCUUAGAAAAUGUCAACGGGCGAGGAUAUUAUCCUUGUUCAUGCGUACAUAAUCCUCCAUUAGAAUACACAUUAGCGGCGAUGCGGGAGUUGGGACGAUUUCAUGGCAAGGGAUAUGUCAUGAAGGAGACGCAGCCGGGAAAAUUCUUCGACAUCGUGACGCGAAUUCAAGAAGUUAGAUACACAAAGAGGACGGAGAAUAUGUUCGAGUUUUACAUGAACAUUCAGUCGGUACGCGCGGUGGAAUAUCUUCGCAGUCAAGGACAUGAUACAAUUUUCUGCGAUAAGAUGGAAGCCUUACUUUUGAACGCGUUCGACGAAGUGAUGAUGAAGACAGUGCAGCCACUGGAACCGUUGGCCACGUUGUGUCACGGUGAUUUUACGUUAAGCAAUAUUCUUUUCAAAACAUUAGACGAUGGACAAUACCGCCCGAUGUUAAUUGAUUUCGCGCUCAUCAGAUACUCGACGCCCAUCGUCGAUCUGUCCACAUAUCUUUUUUUAUGUUGCUCGAAUGAAAUCAGGAAAAACAAAUUUUCCGAGAUUAUGCGGGCCUACUGUGACGCGCUGAAGGAGUAUUUGUUGGACGCCGGAAUUCAAGACAUUGAAAAGUACUCUUACGACGCUUUGUUGGACGAUUUUAGAAGAGGUGCUCUCUUCGGUUACGUUCUUAUGUCCAUUUUUAUACCAGUAUUACUGGGACAUCUCAGUCCAGAAACACUAAUACAAGAAAUAUUAGAUUUAGGAUUUUUGGAAAGUGCAAAGAAGCAGAAAUACGCCGGCGGAGACGAAAUAUCUAAAAUACUAGCUGACGCGUUGUUACAUCUGAGAGAUCUUGGCUGUCUGAAAUAUUUUUUAUAUUAG